GUCCUGAAAAUAAGUUAUCACUAAUCUGUACUUGCCUGUAGAUUAUAGAUAUAUUUUUGUUACCUUUCUUACAGAAUCAACGUAAAUUAAUGUAAUAAUGCUGCGUCAGCAUAUUACAAAAUCUGUACAUUUACACGAUUAUUGAAUUCUGUUACGUAAACAAUAGUGAGUUUAAGUGCAAUAAAAUUUUAUGUGCCUGUCUUAAUGUGCUUAUAAAAUACAUUGUUAGUAAUUGUAAUGUAUGAACACCUGUAUAUUUCUAUCAUCCUUGAUACUGAAAAAAUUGCAAAGAAUCCUUGAUAAAUAAAUAUGGGCAUUCAUAAUUAACCAAUAAAGCUGCAGCUAUUAGCAAUAUUUCUAGUGCAUAAUUUAAUGUGCUGCUUCUGGAAAAUGGUUGAUAUAAAAACUAAUAUAAAUGGAACACCUGAUUUCAAUGAUGAACCAAGGGUCAGAGCUGAUAGCAUUGGAACUAUGCCAUCGACACCUUCUUCAUCAUCUGAUUAUAUGACAGGCGAAGCAGAUGAUAGCUCAGAGAGCAAAGCUGUUGUACCUUUUAGUUUAAAGUCAGUAGAAAAUAUACUUUCAUUAUCUAAGGGUUCUUGUGAAGAAGAUCUUAAAGAGAUGAUAGAGAAGUGUAAACAGAUGGUUUUAGAAAGUGCGGAAUGUUCAGAUGAGAGAAAAUGGCUUGUGAGGAGAUUAAUUGAAUUACGUUUGAGAGCACAAGAAUUGAGAGAAACGUCACAGGAUAAUUUGCUUGAAACACAAGUGAUCUUAGGACACCAUCUAGUGCCACAAAAAUAUUAUAUAACAACUUCUGGACCUGUUUACUGUGAUCAUUGCAGUGGAGCUAUCUGGACUAUGCUUCAAUCAUGGUACAUGUGUAGCGAUUGUAAAUUUUGUUGUCAUUGGAAAUGUUUGAGUAAUAUAUGUAGGGUCUGUGUGCACGUAGUUGCCAGUGAAGCAGGUGGUUACACUUACACAAAAGAUAUUUGUCCUGAGCAAGGCUUGUCAGGUCAAGGGUACAGAUGCGCCGAGUGCAAGGUGAAAAUAACGUUCACUUUCUCAAAAGGAUUAUCCUUCUCUUGCUUCGGCAGUCCUUUCAAGAGCACAGAUUCGGCAUGGGUCGAGCCGCGACUUUGUGACUACAGCGGGUUGUAUUAUUGUCAAAGAUGCCAUUGGAACACGGCAAUGGUGAUUCCUGCGAGAGUAGUCCGAAACUGGGACAUGGAACCGCGAUUCGUGUCUCGCGCUGCCGCCCAACUUCUAACACUUUUGGAAGACCGUUCUGUCUUGCUACUCGAGGAAUUGAACCCAAAAUUAUUUACCUUGGUUCCCGACCUGUCGUUAGUGAAGAGAAUGCGAGAGGAAAUGCAGAUGAUGAAACGUUAUUUAGUUCUGUGUCCCGAAGCCAAUAAUCAAGGAUUGCCAUGGAAAAUUGGAAUACGGACGCACAUGAUAGAGAAUUCGGGGAAUUAUUCUAUCAAAGACCUCGUCGAUCUUAACAAUGGGACACUUUUGGAAGAGAUCCAUGCUGCGUAUGAUACAAUGCAUGCACACAUCACGGUGCAGUGCGAAUUGUGCAAAGCGAGAGGUCACCUGUGCGAAUUGUGUGGCAACGAUGAGAUUAUAUAUCCGUGGGAUGCGAGCUCUAUCAAUUGUCAUCAUUGUUCGGCUGUUCAUCAUCGUGCCUGUUGGUCGAAACGAAAUCAUUGUUGUCCGCGAUGUGCGAGGCUUCAAAAGCGACGCGCCUUGCAGGAUCAACAGAUUUCGGAUGCGGAUGAGUGUACUAAGGAAGAUGGGCCAAGGACAAGCGAAUCGCUGAGCGAUACACUGUAAACGCUAACGAAUACGUCGCGUUUAUAAAUCAUUACUUUUAAUUUGUACAUAUCCUUUUGUAUAAUAAAGUUAAAACAUUCGUAAUUUA